UAUAACCGGAUGCUUGUCAAUGUGAGCUCCGUGGCGCUUGACGCUGCCGUUCCCGUGAUCUCCAAAACAACACAACAAAGUGUGGGAGAAACAUGGCGAGCGGAGAGGAGGCCACAAGACACCCCUCGGUUCCCUCCUCCUCGGUCGGCCUGGAGUCGCUCUUCCCCGCCGGGGCGUCGGAGCAGGCCUGCGGGGACGGGAACCCGGAGCUCGUCCGCCUGCGGGAGCGCCUCCAGGGCUGGCUGUCGCCGUACGAGGCGCCGCUGCUGUGGCUCCAGAGGCUGCUGGUGUGGGAGAGGCCGCUGUGCAGCAUCUCCGUGGCCCUGACGCUCAACACGCUGUUCUGGCUCCUGUCCUCCACUUCCCUGCGGCCCCUCUUCCUCCUGAGUGUCUCCCUGUUGGGACUCAUGCUCCUGGAGAGAUGGAAGCCCAAGUUGCCCAUCGUCACUGUUCAACAAGCAGAGGCUCACCCUGUGCAAAGUGAAACAAUGGGUGUGGAGCAGCAUCUGCUCAGUGUUCCUGAGCUGAGCCACCACCUGGCUGAGAGCUACCUGACGUGCUGUCUGUACCUGCAGGAGAUGCUGCAGUACAAGCAACAGAACCAUGGCAAAUUCUGUGUACUGAUGUGCAGUAGCUGCUUUGUACUUGCCGUGGUUGGACAUUAUGUACCAGGAAUCAUGAUCUCUUAUAUUAUAGUCCUGAGCGUGCUGUUGUGGCCGCUCGUGGUGUACCACGAACUGAUCCAGAGGAUGUACACAGGCUUGGAGCCAAUCCUGAUGAAACUGGACUACAGCAUGAAGGGAAAUACCGAGCACCGCAAGCACGAUAAGAGGAAGGUGAAGAAAGAGUUGGAAGAGGGGGACGAGCCAAGAGCCGAAACAGAGAGUGAGAGCGAGGAGGAGCUGUCUCUUUUUGCCCCAACGGUGGAUGUGAAGACGACAGCUCUGGCGAUGGCCAUCACAGACUCGGAGUUGUCGGACGAGGAGGCGUCCAUCUUGGAGAGUGGAGGCUUCUCCGUGUCCAGAGCCACCACUCCUCAACUCACUGACGUCUCUGAAGAUCUGGACCAGCAGAGUUUACACAGCGACCCAGAGGAGUCCUACCUUCGUGAUCUCCCUGAGUUCCCCUCAGUCGAGGAGUUCCCGUCCAUCGAGCACCACCUGCUCCACUUCCCUCUGCGAGCUCCCGGGCAGGUCGACGGUGCCCAGGCUGGGGCUCAGUCAGAGGCAGAACCGCUGAGCCCCGCCAGCCUCCUCAUCCAGCACCUGGCGUCCCCGCUCCACUUUGUGAACACGCACUUCAACGGACACGGACGGCCACCCGGGGCUGAUGAGGGCAUGUUGCCAGGGACAGGCCCACGAGAGGAGGCAGGGAGGCAGGAGGGGGGAGAGGAGAAGGAAGCUGCUGUGACCCAGGGUGCACAGAGGUCCCUGGAGGCCUUGAGCGAGGAGAUAGUGAGCACAGCCAUCUCCACAGUGGUGCAGAACACUCUGUCGGCGCUGCUGUCAUCCAGCGAGGCCAGCGAGGACGUGGCCGAGUUCCUUCCCACUGAAACACCGCCGGGCGCUUUUGAGACCUCCACCCCACCCACCGACACCACCGCUGACACUGCAGUCACUACAAUAGGCGCGCUGGGGCCUGAUGAAGAACAGGAAAACGCGAUCACGAUAAUCCGAAGCUCCAGCGAGGAGAUGCAUGACGACACACUUGUUGGGACCGAGGAAGAGGACUUUGAGCUUCUGGACCAAAGUGAACUGGAGCAGGUGGACGAGGAGCUGGACAUCAGCUCUGACAGACGGGUGGUGGGAGGAGAUCCGGACACACCUCCAUCUCCUCAACAUCAACCGCAGUCAUAGCUUCCCUACCCCCCCACCUUCUACUGUUUUGUUUUUAUUUGUAUGUUAAAACUACGUUAUAUUCAUACUGCUAUAUACAAAACAUUUAUCAGAGAGUUUGGCGUUUAACACUGUCGGUUAUUGAUUGUGCGGAAGAUGGUUGAGAUUACUCGGUUCAGUCUGUUCUCAUAGCCUCAUAUUACAGGGUUCAGUUCAGCCUCGGUACUCCAGGACCAUGACAUUGUCGGGAUCAUCAGCUUCUCUCGGGCAGCGCAGGCUUGUUCUGUUCGCUUAAAUACAAAACAACUAGACAAGAAUCAUUGUUAAUGCAUUUACUCUGGCGUUACACUGCCGACUGAGCACAGAUUAUCAGUGUAUCUGCAUUUUGAAUUUUGCUUUAGUUAGUGUUUAAUUUAAGCACAUUUCUUACUGUGUCAUGAAAUAUCUGUUCACAAUAAUGAUGCCUUUUCUUUUCUACCGUGGCAGAGCUGAACCCUUAAACCUUGUUUUCACGCAGACGCAGAUGUUUUUUCGAAAUGGUGUUAUGAAGAGUUGAAAUGUUGGAAUAUAUAA